AUGGGCAGAUCUCCGUGUUGUGAUAAAGCCAAAGUUAAAAGAGGCCCAUGGUCACCUGAAGAAGACGCCAUUCUCAAGAACCAUAUUCAUAACCAUGGCACCGGUGGCAACUGGAUUGCCUUGCCUCACAAAGCAGGGCUGAAACGAUGUGGGAAAAGCUGUCGACUGAGAUGGUUGAAUUAUCUACGACCGGAUAUAAAGCUUGGAGGGUUUACUGAAGAAGAAGAUAAUAUUAUAUCAUCUCUCUACGUCAAUAUCGGAAGCAGGUGGUCUGUGAUUGCUUCCAAGUUACAUGGAAGAACUGACAACGAUGUCAAGAAUCACUGGAACACCAAGCUGAAGAAGAAAUUAUCUCUAUCGCAUAACACCAGCAAUGCCGCCACCACUUCUGCCGCCCCCAUCAAUCACAUACAAUUUAGCUCUCCGACAAAUCUACCUAAACAAGAAGUCGAUCACUAUCAAACUAUAUAUAAACCUAUCUUCGACCACUCUAUGAUGAUGGAUUAUCAGCAAACCCCGAUGACAUCAGAUUCAACAAGUAACAGUACUGUCAACGUUAACAUAUUGUCUUCACCAGAGAAUCACGGUUUUUCUCCUAAUGCAUUUCCAAUCAGCAAUGGCUAUGCCUCUUGGUGUGAUAAUGGUGGAGGAGUGAUAGACUCCGGCAGUGAUUUUUUGACUGGAGAAUUUGAUUUCCGGCAAGUGUUUGGUGAAGUUGCUAACUUUAAUUAUGCAUCUCCAUGGCUCUAA